GUCGAGCGUCUGGAUUGAGGUUAAAUGACUUGCUUUAGAGCCAUGUAUCAACCAAUUAGGCGAGGAGCGCAACCACCAGCGCGGCUACAACAGUUGCACUUCCCAUGCAUCCCCCCCAUUGAGAUAACCAGUUUCCGAAGGUCAGCUAAAAUGCGAUAGACGGAAGCAAGCCUAAACCAUGAGUGUAGACUCAAGCCUGUUAGGCGUCGCCUUGAUCGUGCGGUCCAAAGACGGUCCCCGCUUCAUCUUCCAUUACCCUCCACGUCUAAAGCCCAAUGAACGUACCAUCCGGCCUCCUUACGGCACGGAGCUCGACCCCACCGCGCCAGAAGACGCCGAUGACAUCGAGCCCGAUGCAGACGAUGAGCUUGAUGAUCGGGAUUACUCUCUGUACAACAGCCUCGAAGGGCUGGGGCUUGGUAAGAAAUCACGUCACGUGAACCCGUGGGAAGGAGACGACCAUUUCGAGCUCCCAGAUGGACAGCAUGUGGUGCCUUGGGAAUAUCUGGAUUCUUUCCAUACGAAGGAUUUGGCGAGCAUUUUGACGCCGGCAAGGGCGUUUCAUAAGAGGUGUUUUGAGUUGACGCUUGAUCCGCUGACGUUUGUGACGUAUCCCAUGCAUAUCCGUGAGGAUGGGCGAUGGAAGAAGAAGAAGAGGGAGAAGAGGAGCCGUAGGCGGAAGGAGGAAGAGGAGAGACAGGAGAAUGGGUCUAUUGCCGAUGAUACGGCUAUAUCGGAAAGCCCAGCUGAGACGUCCGGGGUGGAGGACGACGCGAGAAACGUCAGGAAGCCGAAAGGGACAUCUUUCGCGUCUGACGACACUAAUGAUGGCGGGAUGACUAUGUUCAAUUUGGUGUUUAUUAUGAAUCCGAAGACGACAGAGGCUCCGAUGAGGGUUUCGGAUAUGUUUGAACAUGUGGCGAAGGAUAUCAACAAGGCCCUGAGAUAUGCCCAGAACUACAGUAAUUACGUCUGGAAGGAAUCAGAGCGUAUAUUGAACUUGAAAGAGAAGGCAAAGGAAGAACGUCGUCCAAUGAGCACUCUCUGGGACACUAUUUUACGGAAGUCUUCGCUGGCGCAAACGAUGAAAACUAUCUACACGUCAAUAUCCAACAAUAGUAUUGCUGUCGUCCAGCUGCUCAGCGAUCCACCCGUGCGGCUCUCUGUUCAGAUACCCAAACCAUACUUUCUGUCAAUGCUGCCCGAGUUUGACGAGCCUUCCAUGCCAGGCUUGUGGAUCACGACUGCCAACUUCUUUGGCGACCAGGAAAAUGAGGACGAGACCUCACUUCUCUCCAAGCACUUUGCUCUUCUACUCCUCGAUGACGAGGACAAAAUCAUUGCAGAUAUCCAAAGCGAUGGCGGUGAGCUCACCGGGCCGCUACUCGAAUACCUCAAGAUCGUGAGGCCUACUCUCUCAUUCCACCAAACAGCACAGCAGCAUGCAAUCUCUCUGAAUGAUAUUCGCAUUCUCGCCCAGCAUCUCAUCUACCACCGUCGCGCCAUUGCAGUUCCUCCGCUCCAUCCACGAGACACCUACAUCCUGUCUCCUAAUUGCCCCAUGGCGUCUCUCCCUCAAUUUUGUGCCCUCUGGUCACAGAAGUUCCCUCUCGCACCGCCUUUACCUACCUUCUUGAGCGCCCUCAGCCAUGCCCCGAGACCCUACAAAACCUUUAUACCCACCAAAACACAUAGGCCAAUAUAUACGGCGAUGCUUGCCUUCCUUCUUCGCCACGGAUGGGCAACUCAACUCCGCACGUUUGCCUGGAUUAUCGCGUGGCCGGAGAUCAAAUAUGAAGUGCAACAUGCCCUUGACGGCGCCGCUAUUCGAGACGCACAUGCUGAAGCAAUGGAAGAACCCAAAGAAGAUUCUACCGCGGCUAUCCCUAAGACUCCAACGCCAGCUACACCAUUACCCACCUAUCCGCAUGCACAGGCAGCACCGUCAACGCCGCCAAUAAAUUCCGAGGCAACUGCGGAGAAGGCUCGCGUAAGGAGGCUUAGAGAUAAGGCCGUCCAGGAUCUUGCUGAUUUCAAUGCGAAACCAAAGCCAGAGGCGACGAAAAAUCCAAGUCUGAAUACGGCACAGCAUUUGGUGAGGAUACAGCCACAGCUUAUCCUGGAUCCGAUGAGAGCUGAACACGUGGAUUCUAUGUACCUAUCUGCUAUCGCAAAUCGUCUAGAGGGUGGCGGGCCGGAGGAUGAAUCCAAAGGCGCUGGGGCCGGCAGGACUGGCACAACUGCCGCAACUGGGCCGGUUGGUAAAUCUGCAGUUGUUACUGGGAGCUUAGCACAGUCCGUUGGUGCUUUGGGGACAUUGCCUAAGUUUGGAGGUAUUGGGGCUGAUGGUAGCGGUAUCGGCGGCCUUAAGAAAGAUAAGAAGCGCUUUUUGAAAUGGGCUAAGUAUUUUGAUGGCAGGACGAGUAUUGAGCGCAUCGCGCUGUUGGAGGGGGUUCAGAGGAAAGAAGUGUGGGCGCAGGUCGCGGCCUGGGAUGAGUAUUUACUGGUGGUUAAGCAUUGGUGAUCUUAUAGAUCAGAGGAGGGAUCAAGGAAGAACGAUCAUAGCAACUAUGCUAUAAACGAGCCCUCUGAAUCUCUACGAACUAUGAUAGCCAUAUUAUAUGGAAACUUAAAAAUACGUAUAUCAGGAUUUAAUUAUGUUCAAUGUGAUAGAGA